UCAUCUCCUUCAUUAAUUUAACACAUAUGGACAGAACUCUUCUCACUACUCUUCCAAAGUCAAAAGAAUACUCAACCUUCAUGUUCCCUUAUUCAUCAUCAAACUCCAUUAACACCCAGAGCCAGAGCAGCUAUGGCGGCAGCCAUGAUCAUCAACAUCAUCAUCUUCAUCAUCCCUACCAACAUCAUCACCAUCAACAACUAGCUCCAACCCAAGACAUGCAAAACACUAAUACUAUUACUGCUGCUGCGGCUGCUGCUAAUAUUAUCGGUAUGAAUAACAGUUCAUGCCACUCGACCAGCCGGUCAUCAUCGGAGUUUUGCACCGAACCAGGUCAGAGAUGGGCAUCCGAGCUUCUAAAAGAAUGUGCUAGAGCCAUUUCCGACAAGGACUCCGCCAAAAUCCACCACCUGUUAUGGAUGUUAAACGAACUAGCUUCACCCUAUGGAGAUCCUGAUCAGAAACUGGCUUCUCAUUUCUUACAGGCUCUUUUCUGCAAGGCCACGGAAUCCGGACACCGCUGCUUCAAGACUCUGACUUCUGUUGCCGAGAAAAGCCACUGCUUUGAUUCUGCCAGGAAGCUAAUCCUCAAAUUUCAAGAGGUAAGUCCAUGGACGACCUUCGGUCACGUAGCUUCAAACGGUGCAAUCCUAGAAGCCUUAGACGGCGAAAUGAAGCUUCAUAUAAUCGAUAUAAGCAACACACUUUGCACCCAAUGGCCAACUCUCCUUGAAUCUUUAGCCACAAGAAACGACGAGACUCCACAUUUAAGGCUCACCGUGGUGGUAACAUCGAACAUUUUAAGGUCAAUGAUGAAAGAAAUAAGGCAAAGAAUGGAAAAAUUUGCAAGAUUAAUGGGUGUUCCCUUCGAGUUCAACGUAAUCACCAAGUUAACAAAGGAGAAUCUGGGUGUCCGAGACGACGAAGCCAUAGCCGUGAACUGUAUUGGGUCAUUAAAAAAAGUUGGAAUAGACAAAAGAACAGGUUUAAUAAAGCUCUUCAAAUCAUUAUCCCCUAAAAUCGUCACUGUUGUAGAAGAAGAAGCUGAUUUCUCAAGCAGUAAAGAUGAUUUCAUGAAGUGUUUCGAGGAGUGUUUGAGAUUCUACACGCUGUAUUUCGACAUGUUGGAGGAGAGUUUUGCAGCGACGAGUAAUGAAAGGUUGAUGCUUGAACGAGAGUGUUCGAGGAGUCUGGUUAGGGUUUUGGCCUGUGAAGGUGACGAGGAGGAAGAAGAGGAGGAAGAAGAAAGGAUGGAGAGAGGGAGACAAUGGAGUGAGAGGUUUGGGAAGGAAGGAGGGUUUAAAGGAACAGGGUUUAGUGACGAUGUUGUGGAUGAUGUGAAGGCAUUGUUGAAGAGAUAUAGAGGUGGAUGGUCACUGGUCAAUAAUAAUAAUAAUAAUGGAGGAGAUAAUGGAGGAGAUGAUUCUUCAAAUUCUUCUUCUUCUUCUUCUUGUUUUUCUUCAGGGAUUUACUUGGCAUGGAAGGAGGAACCAGUAGUAUGGGCGUCAGCUUGGAAGCCCUAGCUAGGGAACUAAUA